AUGCUGGUCCCCACAGGCCAGGAAGCUGGAGGCAAGCCCCUGGCUGCUGGGCUACAGGAAGGGAAGAUGCUGCAGGGCUCAGCCCCUCCUGCUCAGGACACCCUGAGCAAGGAACUGCCACCUCCCCACGCCACCUCAGGAGAGAAGAAGCUGCCAGAGGUUUCAGGACAACUCAGUAGGGCUGACGCUGAAAGAGUGUGCCAGCCACCCAGCUCCAGGCCUCCCCACAAAGACAGAGCUCUGGCCCCAUCCAGACCCCAGUCUUGGGGGGAAGCCUGUUCCCUGCCAGGGGGAGAGGCGAAGACAGGGAAGAAGCCCCAUUCUCCAGCCCCUGGGAAGCAGAAAAGGCCUACUGCCUCAGCAUCGUCUCCUGGUGCCUCUAACUCAGCCCAUGCCACACACAAGCCCAUGCUUUGUGGGUCAGCUCGGGGGCCCUGCCACCUGGCUAACCUCCUCAGCACGUUGGCCCAGAGCAGUCAAAACACAGACCAGAAGAAGGGGCCCCCAGAAGUGACCUGCCAAGUUCGGAAAAAGACUCGAACCCUAUACCACUCAGACCAGUUGGAGGAACUAGAGAGGAUAUUCCAAGAAGACCACUAUCCUGACAGUGAUAAACGCCGGGAGAUUGCCCAGAUGGUGGGAGUCACCCCUCAGCGUAUCAUGGUAAAAGGGACUGGCUUUUCAUGGCGAAGGGGCUGGCAAGGUAAGGGAGGACCUCCUGAUGGGAAAUCUUGCGUGGCAGAACAAGUGUGGUUCCAGAACCGCCGAGCCAAGUGGCGAAAACUGGAGAAGCUGAACGGAAAAGAAAGCAAGGAACGCCCUGCAGCCCCUGCCCCUGCCCCUGCCCCUGCCCCUGCCAGCAGUCAGGGCAGCUCUGCAGCUGAGCUGCCGCCUGUCGUGCCCAUGGACCCAGAGCCUGAUCCCUUCCCUCAGGAAGCCACUCUGGAUCCCUUUCCAGAACCCCCCAUGCUGCUGACUUCCGACCAGACUCUGGCCCCUACCAAGCCUGGUGAUGGUGCUCAGAGGGUGGCGACUCCACCGCUCUUCAGCCCCCCACCUGUUCAAAGGGCUAACCUCCCUUUUCCCUUUGGCCCUACCCAUACCCCACAACUGAUGCCUCUACUGAUGGAUGUUCCUGGCAGUGACAGCAGCCACAAGGAGGGCACCUGUGGACUCUGGGGGACAAGCAUGGCCCUACCUCCCUCCUGCUCAUAUUUGGAAGAGCUGGAGGCUCAAGAGUACCAGCAGGGCAAUCUGCCAGGACCCUUCCAGCUCUCCCAGGCGCCACAAACCCAGCUUUUCCAACGCCCUCAGGCCCAGUUUUCAUACCUGCCCUCUUUCCCCUUCCCCAUGUCCAGUUCACUGACACUUUCACCGGCGGAAGACUCCCUCUUUAUGUUUUCUUGUGGCCCCAGUGGGGGCACCUCGCAGGGCUAUUGCCCGGGGGCCCCGUCAGGGCAGAUCCUGAUGCAGCCACCUGCUGGGAAUGUGGGUAUAGUCCCCUGGAGUGACCCCUGUUUGCCAGAACUGCCCUUCCCUGGCCCGUUCUGCCCACAAGCCCUGGGGCACCCACCAGGAGGAGACGGCUUCUUCCCUGAUCUAUUUCCAGCCCCCUGUGCUCCAGCUCUGAGCAGGCAGCCUUCGUCAGAUCUCACCUGGCCAUCUGCAGGUUCCAGACCAGGAACUGGGCCCUUAUUCAGCAAGGCCCAGGGGGAGCAGCCUGCCACUUCGCUGGAGCAGCCCUCAACACCGGAGGAGGCCAGAGAGGAUGACAAGAACAACUGUGUCCCCUUGUUGGGGGGCCAUAGAGUAAAGGGAUGCUGCUCGGUGGGACAGGACUGGGCUCACUCAGAGGACAGAGUUUGA